AUGGCUCCCUCUGUCAGAGUUGUCCCUAAUGCGGCCAGGCGAGCUACCAGCUUGCUUCGCACAAUUCAGUACACGCAUCCGCCUUCCUGCCCCUGCCACUCAAAUCCAGGCCAUCACGGGGCACCUCCUUCCAUAGUCCCCCGGGCUAGACAAGCAGGGCAUCGCAGGUACGCCGCCCCGGCAUCAGUGAACCACGAGCUCAAGGAGUAUGCGUUCGAAAUGGCCGCUUCCUCUAUCCGCUUCGGGCCCGGCGUCACCCAGGAAGUCGGCAUGGACUUGAAGAAUCUGGGCGCCAAGAGAGUGGCCGUCGUUACCGAUGCCACCGUCGACAAGUUGGAUGCCAUGCGGCAGGUCAGGGAGGGCCUCAGUAGGGAGGGUAUCAGCUUCGACGUCUUCUCAAACGUGAGGAUAGAACCAAAGGACAGCUCCAUCAAGGAAGCCAUCGAUUGGGUCCGGCCUCGCCAGCCAGAUGCUUUCCUUGCUGUAGGCGGUGGCUCGGUCAUGGACACCGCCAAGCUCAUGAAUCUGUACCUCAACUACCCCGAGGCCGACUUUCUGGACUUUGUCAACGCGCCUCUUGGUAAAGGCCGUCCUAUCGACAAGCCGCUGAACCCUCUCAUUGCAGUCCCUACCACGGCUGGAACGGGAAGCGAGACCACCGGCACCGCAAUCUUUGACCUCGUCUCGAAACGAGCCAAGACUGGAGUUGCUCAUCGAAAUCUGAAGCCCACGCUUGGUAUUUGCGAUCCCAUCAAUACGCGAACAAUGCCUGCGGCUGUCAAAGCAAGCUCGGGUCUGGAUGUGCUCUGUCAUUCCUUGGAGUCUUGGACCGCCAUUCCCUAUAACGAGCGCACCCCUCGCCCGCCCAAUCCCAUCAUGAGACCAGCCUACCAAGGCGCCAACCCCAUCUCCGAUAUCUUCUCUUUCGAUGCUCUUCGCCGCACUGUCAAGUACCUGCCUCGUGCAGUUAGGGAUCCCGAUGACUUUGAGGCCCAGAGCGAAAUGCUCCUUGCUGCUACACUUGCUGGCGUUGGGUUUGGCAACGCAGGUGUCCACUUAUGCCACGGCAUGUCGUAUCCCAUUUCUGGACAAAACCCAGGAUAUAGGCACGCCGGAUAUGACGUCUCGGCAUCCUUGAUUCCUCACGGGGUCUCCGUCGCUGUCUCUGCCCCUGCCGUUUUCCGAUUCACGGCUGCCUCGAAUCCCCGCAGACAUCUGGAAGCCGCAGAAGCUUUCGGCGUUGAUAUCUCGAAUAUCAAAGAGGAAAGUGCCGGGGAAGUCCUUGCCGAAGCGCUGUGCAGGUUCUUGGCUGAUCUCGGGGAUCAGCCUUCAGGACUGAAAGAUCUCGGGUUCGGCAGUGAGCAUAUCGAUUCUCUGGUCGAAGGCACAAUCCCACAAGCUCGUGUGCUCAUGUUGGCACCCGGAUUGGAGAAGGAACUGCAGGCAGAGAGGGAACAGCUUUGCAGGCUAUUUGAAGAUGCAAUGAGCCACUGA